CUGCUGCAAACACCGCCCGAAGUCUCUGUGCAGGAGGGUCGGCCAGAUGUGAAAGGUGGAACGGACUAUGUUUCGAAGGGCGGCGGUGUUAAAGAGGGCCGAAGAUGAAAACGUGGACUCUGGGGCUGAAACUGCCGAAUCUGACUGCAGCAGGAUGUCAUCUGGCAUUAAGCUCAUGACCAGCCAGGCGAGGCAGCAGCAGCGGCAGCAGCAGCUCCUGCUAAUGAACUUGCAUCUGCUGGCCAACCCUGGAGACUCACUGCUGCUGCAGCACACCCUGGACCGCCUCCUCCGCUGGCUCUGCCCGAGCCUCCGCAUCUUCCAUGUGUCAGAAAGGGCCUCUCCAUUCAGAAGUUACACCCGCCUCUGUCCUGUAACAGGCUACCCUUCUCUGGCCAUCACUUUCUUCCUCCAUGAGGCAUAUGGAGAGGAGCGAAUCCUCAAAGUGCUGGACUUCUUUCAGCGUCCGCCCUGGCAGUACCACCACACAGAGAGCUGCGGCAGACACACUGGAGGGAUCCACAUUACCUCCAGCAGCUCUCCUGCCAGUGCACUGAUGCGGCCCUACCUCCUGCCCAGCAGAGACUUCUACAGCUUGGGUGCAGGGAUGCCUGUGUGGGGGGUUCGACCGGUGCACUGUGGAGGAGAAAUACUGCGCGUGACACUGUACAGUGGAUAUGACAACUAUGAGGAUGCUGUGCGGCUCUAUGAGACUGUACUGCAGCGACAGGCAGAGGAACAGAAGACAGGCUUCUGCUGGUUCACUCUCCACACUGAGCCUGGGCUGUGCCUGCAGCUGGCUUUAAAACAGUUGUCACCAGGGGUUCGGGUGGAGCCGUGCAGCUCUGCCGUGCUGCAGUUCAGUGUAGAAGAGAUUGGCCAGCUUGUCCCUCUGUUGCCCAACCCCUGUACCCCCAUCAGUACUACCCGCUGGCAGACAGAAGACCUUGAUGGCAACAAAGUUCUCUUCCAGGUGAAAACCCCAGCUCAACCUCAGAGACCUCUGACCUGUGCUUUCCCCCUUAACUGCCCCAGUGUUCCCCCUCGAGGAAUACAACUCAGGAGCUCAGUGCAGGGCCACAGCCUGUCGCCCUGCAGCCUCACAAUGCCCCUGUCCUGGCAAACACACAGGCAGGGCCACAGACCACGCAGUGACCCUGUGCUGGAGAAGCUUCACGGAGGAGGUGGUGGAGCAGAGAGCCUGGGAUCAGGAAGCUGCUGCAGCACCCCUCCAGGCAGCUCUUGUUACUCCUCCCAGCGUAGCAGCCCAGCACUGCCAUCAACCACCAAUCACCCGGACUCUCCUCUGCGCCCCUCCAUCACCCGUUCUCUCUCCCAUCUCCUUCUGGAAGAGGAUGAGGAGGAGCCAGAGACCAACGUAGACACAGGAGUCCCUGUAUCACUUACACACUCUGACACAGCAGUCAAAACAAUUGCUCGUUCUUCCUCCAUGGACCUUUUGAUGAGUCUGCGCUCUGAGAGGCCUGCAGCUGUCGGGGCUUCAGCUGGUGAGGGUCUGGCCAAGGAGCUCAUUGAAUGUCUGCCAGGGACACGCAUACACCCUCAGUGCCCCUCCAGGACAUGGGGCUCCGCCGGUUGUACAGAUGCAGCCAGGAAGGGCUGUGGCAGCAGGACUGUGGCAGCAGGACAGAGCCCCUCCAGAGGGCCCGUGGUGGAGAACAGGACUACUGCUGAGCUGCUAUCAGCACGCACAAACAAUGAGGAGCCACUGGACGAGUUCUUCAUCUAAAUUCCUGCCACUGCGCUGCAUGCUGUGGUAAUCAUCACAGUGCAAUUAAAAACAUUGCAAGGUUGGGCAAGGUGAGAAACCCUUUAAAGAGGAGUUUUGUGGAAUACAGAUGAAACCAAAGUUCAGCUACAGGUGACACUUUCCACUCAUUAGUGUCUAAAGUCUUUAAGUGUUUGGACUUGUCCCAUUUUUUUCUACAAUAUAGUCGUUGUCCACAUCCUAGUCUAACUGACCUGCCAUGAGAGUGGUACACAGUGAGUGAUAUUUUGAGACAGUGCAGGUAGAAAUAUUGUUCAAUAUUUAAAUGACUCUUAUAUUUAGAUCCAACUAAUGAUUUGUGCAGCUAUUGUGCUAAAAUGUAGCCCUGUGAAUAGUAAACCUGUCUCUGUAUUAAGUGUCAGGGAACUAGUGUCAGUGUAAGUGUCUGUUCUCAGGUAGGAAAGUAAUGUCUUUUUUUGCCCUUGAAACAGAAGAUGAUCUCAGCAUGAAGUCGCUCUUUGAAGUCUCUGUUGAUCGUGAUUAGAAAUCUGAUUUAGUCUGAUCCACCGUGCAGCACUGUUGGCCUGUAUUACACUUCUGAAGCCAGGCUUCACAUAGUGAAAGUAUAUCCCAGUGGCUUUGAAUUACAUUUGUUUAAAUGCACUUCAACUGAUCCUUGCUCUAGCAUUUUCUGUUACAAUGUGUAAGUGGUGGACUAAACCUGGCCAAAUUACUGUCCUGAAGAGGAUUGAAUAUUCUCACAGUAUUCUUUUCAUCCUCAGUUAUCCCACAGUUAAGAUGAUUUCCUCAAUAACUACAUAGAGAAGAGAACAUUUGGCUUGAAAAUCUUGGAUGAUGUUUUUUAAUAUGAAUCUAACCAUUAGUAUGUAAGGUGUCUGAAACAGGCCAAAUGUGAGCCUGAGACCUCAGAUAAGUUGAUUAUUGUAAGGCCACAGUAAGCUGAGGGAUCAUCAGACAGAUUACCUGGAGUGCUCAUGACCAGUGUAGUGAGUAUAGCUGUUUAGGGACAAGUCUGAUAAACAUAAUAUUGUAUUAUGUGAGGAAUGGAAAAUACUAUGCAUUUAAUGACCGCAUGACUCAGGUCAUACGAGUUUCCUCUUCAACUCCAAUUCCAUAACAUCAUUUCAUGUUGACUAAAACUUUCAGUUGUGGCCAAGGACCUUCUAAAUCUAACCCACUAACAGAAAAACCUGUGCCUGGUAUUCUCUUGCGUUACACGUGCAUUAUGGCCAAUGCCUAAUGCACAUAAGGUUGUACGGUAGAAGUUGCUCCUGUAUGGCUGCUCACAGUUCAACAGGAUGCUGCGGGUGUGCCGGGAAGCUCAGAGGUGUGACUGUUUGUUUACUGUAAAUGGGCGUUACUGGAACAAACAAGUGUCCUCGUUCAGAGAGCAUCAACUGUGAGGCUACGUAGUGUCUUAACAUGUUCAAUGAUGCAGAGAAAUGUCAUAAGGCUUUAGUAUUAAAAGAAAAAUGACUGAAAUCACUUUCUGUUGUGGUCAGAUGAUGAAGGCUAACUGUGUGUGUUCUGCCAGAAACGUUUCCUUUUGACAAAAAACUUUAAUUCAACAUCGGUGUAAUUUCAGAAUGAAAUGUAGGAUGAGUGAACAGUGAGCUGAGUUAUCAGUGAUCUACAAAUACACUGACAGACCACUGCUCUGCCUGCAGUGAUGGAAAAAUCAUACACCGAGAGAGAUACUCUGCUAGGAUGAAA